AUGAUGACGAUUGCAAAGUUGUUUGCUGCGGCCUCUUUCCUGCUGACGUGCCCAGUACGAGCUGAAGUGAACUUUCAGCCUCCUGUUCUCGAGUCCGAGGAUGGGGUGCUUGAUGUCGUCCUUGACAUUGGAUUUGCAACCACGCUGAACGGUACACGCUUCUCGCCUCAGUACAAUGGUGGCCCUGUAGGACCGACGCUAAGGGUCAUUCCAGGCGACACCCUUAGAGUAACCUUGAACAAUAACCUGCCUCCUUCGCCUCCUGGUGACAUUGAGCUAUUGAACUACGUGAAAAACCCUCAGAACGAAAUCGAUAGCUAUGUCAACGUGACGAAAAUUUACAAUCGGCUGUCUUCGAUCGGAAACGUGUACAACCCCGAAUACGGCUUUUGGGGCUUCAAUCUGGCCAGCUUACAUUUUCACGGUGCUGGAUUUUCACCGUCCAUUGAGGAUCUUCGCAACCCUAUUGACGGAGGCGAGUCCAAAUCAUUCGAGUUCAAAAUUCCAGAAGAUCAUCCACCUGGUUUGGUGUGGUAUCACAGCCACAAUCAUGGCCUGGGAGAGUACGAAAUGAUGAGUGGUUUGUUUGGAGCCAUGAUUAUCGAAGGCACUGCCAAUGAUGUUACCGCUAUUCCUGAGAUUGAAAGUGCUACUGAAGUGGUCAUGAUCUUGAACGAAGUUUUGGUGGAUGAAAAAACAGGCAUACCACCCCCUUUCUUCCCUAUUGUGAUGGCUUUCGAUUGGAAGUCUGUUGUCAACGGCAGGCUUGCGGAGGAAACGAAGUACGAAUUCCAGCAGGGAACAACCGUUCUUUUUCGCACAAUCAGUGCCGGUGUAGAAGCAACGAUUGGUUUGUACUUUGUGGAAACCAAUGCCCCGGAUUUUGUCCUGGUGGCCGAAGACGGCUUCAUUGUUCCUACGAUUGAAUCCAAAUCAGAUGUCUCUAUCCCGGCGGGAGCUCGGAAAGAAUUCCUGGUUCGGUUCGACCAGCCUGGAACAUUCCAUUUACGACGACAUCCUUGGACUGUGCAUGGUCUCCGUGGGGUCGAGGCUUGUAAUGCGUCCUUUGGAAUUGAGUCUGACACAUGCGUUUCUUACGACGUUGAUAAACCAAUCGCUACAAUUACUGUUCUCGAAGCAGACCCCCCUGUUGAAUCGAGCCUCCCAACUGAACUCCCGGAGUAUCAUCAAGUCUACAAAGACAUGGAAAUGAUGCCCGUUGUCAAGAAACGCACCAUCACAAUGCAACAAGCGAUCGGGUUCCCAAUCUUCCAGAUUCCCUACGAGGGACCCUUUGUGCCUCCAGGGGUGGGAUUUGGCAUCAACGGACGGUUGGUGACUCCUCACUUUCGCCAUGGCGAGAUCCAAAGUUCUACCUGCGAGGAGUGGACAGUGAUCUCUGAUCCGCCCGCGGCAGAGCAUGCCUUCCACAUACACACCAAUCCUUUCCUGGUCACAGCUGAAGAUGGGGUUCCGGCUGAGAAGCCAUUUUGGAGAGACACGUACGCGAUAUACGGAGCCAAUAUGACAAUCAAAACUUGUUUCAACCACCUCAAGCGUGGAGACUAUGUUUUGGUCCACUGUCACCAGAUGGCUCACUUGGGAAUUGGGAUGGGAGCGUAUUACUCGGUCGUUGGCGGCGGCAAUGAUGUCACGAUGGACGAUCUAGACAGCCUGGACUACUUGGUCGACGGGCUAACCCCAGGAAACACCACAGAGGAGGUUGUCGUCGAGCGAAGCGACACGAACGAAACCGUUGAAAAAGAGUCUGAUGAAAGUGCUGCCUCUCAGAUUUCGCUCUCGAUCUUUGCUUUCAUCAUGGUGGUGAUGUCCUGCACCCUUGCAUCCCAAUUCCUGGCGUUGCUUGCAUAG